GCAGGAUGGAGAAAGUUGGGUACCUGUUAGCGACUGAUGUUCAGAGGGAAGCAUUGCCUGCCCUUUUCUCUGGGAGAGACUGCGUGCUUCAUGCUCAGUCUUAAACCCUUUAUGAGAAUUUGGAAAGACGUGGCGUGGUCCUUCCAUUCAUCAGUUUCGCGGUUUCCCGGAAAGGUCCCCAUGUAGGCAGUACCGGAGAAAAUGCGAACGGAAGGACUACUUUGCAACUUUUCAAAAAGGCUUAAGACUGCUUUGCACCAGGCAGUCAUGAAGAAUUCCAAUAUAUUAGUCCAUUCCGGUUGUGUAUGUUGAGUUAUGAAGAGUGGUCUAAUAUGUGUCUGAUGUGAUAAGAUCUACUGUGGAUGUUCAGACUUCCAACUCAAUCGGAAUUACUCUUUGACUCUGCAUAUAAACUCAACUAAGGAAGAAAACGUAAAAGGAUCCUGCAUUGACAUGGCCGGUGCACUCAUGCUUUUGGCCCUCUAGACAGGUUCUGGGAAGACGCUGACGUACCUUCUGCGGAUAUUUUCAGUUAUGAACACCCAACGGUCUUCUGUACAAGCGUUAAUAGUCGUUCCCACCCGAGAACUUGGCAUUCAGGUAGCCAAAGUUGCUCGGCUGUUGGCUGCAAAGCCGAUGGAUCUUGAAAUGGAGCAGAAUAAUUCAUGUACCGUUAUGGCUCUUCUAGAUGGAGGUACAUUGAAAAGACACAAGAGUUGGUUAAAGGCAGAACCCCCGGCAAUAGUAGUGGCAACCAUCAGGAGUUUGUGCCAGAUGCUGGAGAAGCAAGUUUUUAAACUUGACACAUUGCAGAUUCUAGUGAUUGAUGAGGUAGACUUCAUGUUCAACUCUUCUAAGCAAGUCAGCUCUCUCCGGAAGCUGUUGACAUCGUACUCAUCAUGCAACAGCCGUCAAACUGUUUUUGCUAGUGCAUCCAUACCUCAGCAUAAGCGAUUUUUACAUGAUUGUAUACAACAGAAGUGGACUAAGGGUGAUGUAGUUCAUGUUCACGUCAAUCCAAUAGAGCCUAUGCCAUCAUGUCUAAAUCAUAGAUUUGUGACAUGUCAUAGGAAUAGGAGACAUCAGACCUUGCUACAUUUAUUACAGAGGGACAGCCCUGAAUCUGGCAUUAUAUUUGUUGGCGAGCAGUCUGAGAAGUCAAAAAAGACUGGAAAUGUACCGCCAACAACUCUUCUACUUGAAUUCUUGAAGAAUUCUUAUGGAAGCUGCUCUAAUAUUCUCCUUCUAGAAGAAGACAUGAAUUUCAAUGCACGAGCAGCUUCACUCUUGGAAGUGAGACAAAAAGAAGGCUAUCUUAUCGUAGCAACUGAUAUCGCGGCCAGAGGUAUCGACCUGCCUGAAACAACUCAUAUUUACAACUUCGAUCUUCCGAGGAGUGCCGUAGAUUACCUUCAUCGAGCCGGAAGGACAGGUAGGAAGCCAUUUUCGGACAAUAAAUGUGUUGUCACCAGCAUCAUAGCAUCUGAAGAGAGGUUCGUAUUGAAGAGGUACGAGAAUGAGCUGAUGUUUGUCUGUGAAGAGCUCGUCUUGUCACUUUGAUGCUCAUCUUGGCAUUGUUCGGGACAGUCUCUGUUUUUUUUUUUCCUUCUUUUUUUAGGCCUUUCUGGCUUAUGUCUUGUACAGGAAACCUAUGGUUACAGAAAUUAUCAUGAGUUUUGAUA